AUGCGCUUUACGUUCAUGGUUGCGGCCUUGCUGGCCGGGGCCUCUCAGGCUGCUCCCCAUUCACCUUCUGGCAACGGCCACGAUGUGGACCUCAAUAAGCUUGCACAGCGUCGAGGACUGCAUUGGUUUGGCACAGCAGCCGAUAUCCCUGGCACCGCCGAGACUACCGAUGCUGCCUAUCUGAAAGUUCUACGAAAGAAUUUUGGCGAAGUGACUCCAGCGAAUGCUAUGAAGUUCAUGUAUACCGAGCCGCAACAAGACGUGUUCAAUUUCACCGCGGCUGAUGAAUUCUUAGACGUGGCUGGACGCCAUGGGGCUAAGAUUCGCUGUCACAAUCUUGUUUGGGCCAGCCAGGUUUCUGAUUUUGUAACCUCAAAGACCUGGACUGCGGAGGCUCUCACCUCCGUCAUGAAGAACCACAUUUACAAGACGGUCCAGCACUUUGGCAAGCGUUGCUACUCAUGGGAUGUGGUCAACGAGGCCAUCAAUGGAGAUGGUUCCUUCUCACCGAGUGUGUGGUACAAUACUAUCGGCGAGGAGUAUUUCUAUCUUGCUUUCAAGUUCGCUCAGGAGGCAUUAGCCGAGAUUGGCGCCCACGAUGUGAAGUUGUACUACAACGACUACGGCAUCGAGAAUCAGGGCACAAAGUCGGCUGCAGUACUUAAGCUUGUCAAGCAACUGCGAAGCCGGGGGCUCCGCAUUGACGGUGUCGGUCUCGAGUCACACUUCAUUGUUGGCGAAACACCUUCGUUGGCGGAUCAAGUGGCCACCAAGAAAGCUUACAUUCAGGCUGACCUGGAGGUGGCCGUCACCGAGCUUGACAUACGCUUUGCACAGACUCCUUAUUACACCGCCGCUGUUCAAAAGCAGCAAGCUCAAGACUACUACACGAGUGUGAUGAGUUGCUUGAAUGUCGGUCCGCGCUGCAUCGGUGUUGUUGUCUGGGACUUUGACGAUGCCUAUUCCUGGGUGCCCGGGGCAUUUGCCGGUCAAGGUGGUGCUUGUCUGUUUAAUGAGACCCUCGAGGCAAAGCCUGCAUUCUACGCCGUGGUUGAUGCUCUCGAGGGGAAAACUUGCAGUGUUUGUUAA